AUCCAUACAUCACUUGGAUUCCUUUUUUUUGGCGUCCGAAAAAAACGAUGAGAAUCCCAAAUCAACAACAAGUAGUAUCCGAACCCACUUAUAUAUCCACCCUCCGUACACCCCUCAACCCAAAUUCACCCAUGGACCCAAAAUCCUACUGGCGGUUCAGCAAACAAGACUUUUACCCUGAACCAUCUUUCCAAAACUUGACUUCCUACAAGUCUGCAUUCUGCCAAACUCUACCACGUCUUCGUGACAGGUGUCUAGGCCGAUCAACCGAUGCAACCGAGCUCGUUGAGCUUAAGAAACAGAGCGAAAACGACAUGCAAAAAUGUCUGACUUGGGUUGAUUUAAUCUGGCUUGGUUUUGGGUCUGUUGUUGGGUCUGGUAUUUUUACUAUUACUGGUCUUGAAGCAAGAAACGAUGCUGGACCGGCUAUUGUUUUGUCGUAUGUUUUGUCGGGUUUGUCUGCAUUGUUUUCUGUUUUUUGUUAUACAGAGUUUGCUGUUGAGAUUCCUAUUGCUGGUGGCUCUUUUUCCUUUUUGAGGAUUGAGUUGGGCGACUUUUUCGCAUUCAUUGCUGCUGGUAACAUUCUGCUGGAGGCUGUUGCUGGUGCAGCCGGUUUAGCUCGAUCCUUUUCAUCAUACUUUGCAAGUAUGUUUAGCUCUAAUCCAGAUAUUCUACGCAUUCGGGUUAAAUCAUUUGCAGAAGGUUUCAACUUAUUAGACCCUAUUGCCGUGGCAAUUUUAUUUAUUGCCAACAUGGUGGCAAUGAGAGGAACAAAGCUAACAUCAACUUCAAACAUGAUACUUUCAGCAAUUAGUUCUUUGAUCAUUCUUUUCAUCAUAAUUGUUGGGUUUAUACAUGCUAAGUCCUCAAAUUUAGAACCUUUCUUCCCAUACGGGCCAGAAGGGGUGUUUAAAGCUGCAGCAGUUGUUUACUGGUCUUAUACUGGCUUUGAUAUGGUUGCUAACAUGGCCGAAGAGACAAAAAAACCAUCAAGAGAUAUACCUUUGGGUCUUGUUGGUUCAAUGUCUACAAUUAGUGUGGUCUAUUGUUUAAUGGCAUUAGCUCUUACAGCCAUGGUGAAGUACACUGAGAUAGAUAAAGAUGCAGCGUAUUCAGUUGCUUUUGAGAAAAUCGGGAUGAAAUGGGCCAAGUAUGUUGUAAGCUUAUGUGCUCUUAAGGGAAUGCUUACAAGUAUGUUGAUUGGGUCAAUGGGACAAGCUCGAUACACUACUCAAAUAGCUAGAGCCCAUAUGAUCCCACCCUGGUUUGCUUUAGUCCACCCUAAAACAGGGACGCCCAUCUACGCCACUCUGUUGGUUACCACAAUUAGCUGCAUUGUAGCCCUGUUCUCAAGCCUAGAUGUUUUGUCAAGUGUGUUAUCCUUUAGUACGCUCUUUAUUUUCAUGCUCAUGGCUGUUGCGUUGCUAGUUAGGCGCUAUUAUGUGAAGGACACAACGUCUACACGUGAUUUGGCAAAGUUCAUGGUUUGUUUGUUUGUUAUCAUUGGUUCGUCUAUUGGAAUAACAGCACUUUGGGGUGCAAACGUGAAAGGGUGGGUUGGAUAUGCAGUGUCAGGUGGGUGCUGGUUUGCGGGUACUAUUGGAAUGACGUUGAUUCCAAAGCAGAGGCUUCCGAUGGUCUGGGGUGUUCCGCUUGUUCCAUGGUUGCCUGCAUUGUCGAUUUUGAUGAAUGUGUUUUUGAUUGGAUCUUUAGGUACUAUAGCGUUUAAGAGGUUCUUUAUAUGCAGCGCGGUGAUGCUUGUUUACUAUUUCUUUGUUGGGGUUCAUGCAACUUAUGAUUUGGCUCAUCAAGAAGCCAAAGAAUCGACUCUUGAGAAAGGAAAAAAGAAUACUGAUGGCAAUGGAGAUGGUUUAUAGCGAACGGGUAAAUAGCAAUUUGUUCCUUGUCAUACUAUAUUUGACCUUUUGGUUUGGUCAUAUCUUGAUUUAUCAUGAUUCCGCAUAGGUAACUAGCUUCAUUGUGUCCUAGUGGAAAAAAAUUUAGAUAGCUUUAGCGAUUUUGUGAAACGAUGUACUCCAAGGACGUCCCAGUAUAGGCAGUAUAGCCAAUUUAAUAUAGUCCUUUUAGGUUUUGAUUUA